ACGACAAUUUUCCGCCCUGAACUUCGGUUCAACUGCCCGUCACCUGUACCGGCAGUCCUUCCCGCACACUGCUCGCCCCUUGUAUCACACCACUGCUCAAUCAUCCACUGACAGUAAGCUUUCCUCUCGGUUGAGGUAGGGGAGUUUGCCAGCGGAGCGGAAACACUCUUGGAGGGAGAUCUCGUAAUUGAUGAUGUGCCACGAGAAUGCCGCCUCCUUAUCCCGCUCUUGGUAUGGUAAUCCUCAGAUGCAUAAAUUGUCCUUGAAGACGCUGGAAAAACUACUACUCCUCUACCCAUAUCACCAAGCCAAACACAUUCAAGGACUAUAAAGCCCUCCAACAAUCAUCUCCCACUACCAAACAACCACCUAUACCCAAAUGGUGCAAUACGACCAAUUCGAUACCAUGUUCAAAAACGGCCUCCCAACCAGAGAAAAGGCCACGAAUUGCACAUGCUCUCCUCCAGAAACACCCAGAUCUCCUAGUCAAUCCGACGUGCACAUGCAUCCACAACUAAGGAGGCUAUCCUCGAGCCACAACACUCAAUCACAACAUUGCUCGUGCUGCCAUAUGAAGCGCGGCUCAUUUCAAGACCUAUCUCUGACCCGAAGUCACUCGCAUCACAAUCACAACCACAGCGGAGACGACGAAGAAUCAUGGGACAACUUCUGCCCCGACAUCCAGAUGCCGACUGAGAUGCCUCCUCGGGUGACUGUACGCAACCAUACAAGAAGACACUCGGGUCUUUGUCCGGGCAACGUCGUCUCGCAGACACACAGCGAUGGCACGCACUCUCCAACUCAAAUGACCACCAAGCACAAUUCAGGCUUUCAGCACAACUGUCAUUGCGAAGUCGUCACACCAACAGAGAACUUGAGCGAGAGAUACGGUCUGAUUGAAGAGCCAGGUAUCAUUCUGGAGAAAAGAGCGAGCCUCGAGAAAGAAGCUGCAAACAAAGUCUCGGAAAUCAUGCACGAUGAGAUGGUGGCCGAUAUGGAGGCUCGCAGCCCAGACUCUGAUGACUGCGUCUCGAGCUACUAGUAUUAAUGAGUGAUGACGAAACAUGAUACGGACACAAAGGUGCUGCAACGAGGCAUAUGUGCUGGCGUUUGGAUUUUGGGAUAUACCAUGCAUGGAUCACGGGAUUGUACUAUGCGAUGAUGUGCUGGGUAUGAAAACGGUGCAGGCACAUCUGCUUAGAGCGUUUGCUCCGUAUUUCUCUGGAAUAUGUAUAUUGCCCUUUGGCAAAUUGCGAUAUCGACCUCAACGAAGCAAUCUUACUUCAUUAAUCCACCUCGUUCAUAUGUGACGGACUUUGGUAACAUUGAGCGAUACUGCGAGCUAAGGUCCGGUAACGCGGCCUCCGUUAUUCUCUGAAUGAAGAACACCUCUUGAAUACUCAAUUGGUAUAUCGAUGUCGUACUGAUACCAAGUCUAAAUAACGUACUCC